AUGACUGAAUCAACUGAAUCAAUGACAUUUACAGUUUCAGUUAAUAAUGUUGGAUCCAAAAACCAAGAAACCAUUCAAAACUAUCGUUCCUACAUUACUCAAGUUACGGAUUUAUUAUUUGAAAAUCCAAUUUUAGAGGAAAAUCAUUCGGAAAUUGAAAAGCAUAAAAUUGAAAUCGAAAAAAUCGAAAAGCAAAAUGAGGAAAUAAUGAAUCAACAUCAAGAACAAAAGUCAGAAAUCGAUAAACUCAUUUCGAAGGUUAAUUUAGAACUUGCGGAUCAAACGCAAACGAUUGAAGAUUUUGUUUCACAACUUGAAAAUCACAAAUCAGAAACGGAGAGGCACAAUUCGGAAAUUGAUAGACACAAUUCCGAAAUUGCUCAACACGAUCAAAAAUUGAAUGAACUUUUCAACUUUAAAACAAAAUUUGUCGAAACCAAUUCCAAUAUAAAACGUGAUGAAGUAAUUCAUCGUGAAGAAUUUGAAGAAUUGAAAGCGAAUGAAGAUGCAGAAAGUAAUUCAACUAAAUUAGAGCCUACUGAUGUUGCAGCAUUAUUGAGUAGUAAUAAAAAUAAGGAAAAUAACUAUUAUAAAAUUCAAAUCAAACAUCAAAAAGACUUCGAAGAACUCAAUAAUAAAAUUGAAAAUAUAAUAUCAGAUUUAUUAUUAAAAACAAAAGAAUUAAAUAGUCAGAGAAAAGAUAUAAAUAAUUUGACGGAAGAGAAUGUGAAAUUACGAAAAGAGAAUAUUGAAUUUAGAAGUGUGUUGGAAUCAUUGUCUUCUUGGUCUAUGAAGAGUACACCUCAAAAACCCGAACAACUCCAACAACAACAAUUAUUAGAACAAUCACAACAAUUAUCACAAACUAUAACCAACCAAAUUCCGCGACAACUACCUAAUCAACCUCAAAUACAAUAUCAACAACAAUUACAACAACGACAACAACCACCGUUACCACAUCAACAACAACAAAUGUCGUUACAAAAUCAACAACCACUGUUAAAUCAGCAACAACGAACGUUGCAACAACAACAAUCACUUCAGCAUCAACAAUUGUUACAACAACGAUUGCUGCAACAACAACAACAACCACAAUUAUUACUUCAUCAACCAUUGUCACCACAAAAUCCACAACAACAAUUAAAUUUGCAACAGCAAUCAUUACAACAACAACAACAAAUAUUACAGCAGCAACAAUUGUUAUGGAAAUUUCAACCUCACUUACGAUUACAAUCGCAAACACCACAAAGACAACUUUCACUAUCCAAAAUUAAACUCACCAAACUUUAUGAUAAUUUGGAAGAUGAAUCAGAAAACUACAAACCAAUUCCUCCUAUUCCGAUUGCUCAAACUCAAUCAAAAGAACUUCCACAAGUUCCACAAGUUCCACAAGAAAUUCGGAAUAAUCAAGAAGCUUGGAAUAAUCAAGAAUAUGAGAAUAAUCAAGAAAAUCAAUAUAUUCAAAAUAAUCAAGAUAAUAAUAAUAUAAUUUUAGUUGGUAGAAAUAUUCCCGUUGAAACGAAAGUUAAUUAUUUUAUUGGUGACAAUAGUGAUUCAACAAAUGAAACAAAUUUACAACAAAAUAAUUUACCGCCACCGCUGUCACAAGACCUUACUCAUAUUAGAGAAAAUUCUUUAAAUUCUAUUGAUGAAAAUUCUAUUCCUUCCAAUCUUCAUUAUCGAUCAAACACUCAAUAUAAUUCUUCUUCUCGACCCACCACGAGAUCAUCACAAUCCCUGUCAUUAAGAGAUCCAAAGAAAAUUUCACAAAUUCCUGCUUCUUUGAUUUCUCAAAAUUAUAUUAAUUCUUCGAAUCAAAAAAAUGGAUAUCCAGCAGCUUCGGUUAAUAAUUUUACAAAUCCUCAAGUUACAAAUGAACAAACAUUUAAUGAUCAUAAUUCAACCAGAAUUGAUCAAUCAACUCCUCAUGAUACACAAUCAAUUUC